UUUUUUUUUUUUUUUGUAAUCUAUAUCUCAAAUGGGGAUUAGAUAUGGCUUUGCUUCAUCCUCCCUCCUAUGCUCAGAGGAGAACAACAAUACCCUCUGCUUUGAUGCUGAUGAGGAAGAUGACCUGAUUACAAACCAAAGGAGUGGCUUUUAUUUAGAUUUUUAUGUUACUUUUCCUCCUCAAUCAGAGGAAUGUGUAGCUUUGCUUGUUGAGAGGGAGCCUCAGCUUCUCCCAAUGGAAGGUUAUUUCAAGAGGUUGGAGAUUGGGGCAUUUGAAGCAUCAGUUAGAAGAGAUGCCAUUGAUUGGAUUUUGAAGGUUCAUUGUCAUUACAAUUUUGGACCACUGAGUGCCUAUUUAUCUGUAAAUUAUUUGGAUCGAUUUCUCUCCAAUUAUGAAUUCCCUCAAGAUAAGGCUUGGAUGACACAGUUGCUGUCGGUGGCCUGCUUAUCUCUUGCUGUGAAAAUGGAGGAGACUGAGAUUCCUCUACCUCUAGAUUUACAGGUUGGUGAGGCAAAAUAUGUGUUUGAACCAAAAACCAUACAAAGGAUGGAGCUUUUAGUCUUGAGCACCCUCAAGUGGAGGAUGCAGGCUGUGACUCCUUUCUCUUUCUUAGAUCACUUUCUUACUAAAUUCAUUGGGAAAACCCCGGCAAAUACGUUGAUUUUGCAAUCCGUCGAUCUCAUAUUGAGCACACUCAAAGGGAUUGAGUUUCUACAAUUCAAGCCUUCUGAGGUUGCUGCUGCAGCGGCACUGGCAGCAGUAGAAGAUAGUCAAAUUCUUGAUAUUAGCAAUGCUCUUAGUGGCAUCCAUGUAGAUAAGGAGAGAGUGUUGGCAUGUCAUGAAUUGAUUCAAGAAGUGAUAUUGGUGAAGAAGAAGAGAGGUAAUGGAACUGUUCCAUUAAUUUCAUCAGUGCCACAGAGCCCAAUUGGUGUGUUGGAUGCUACAUGCCUAAGUUCUAAGAGUGGUGAUGAUAUUACAGUUGGGUCACAUGCAAAUCCUCUUCAGCACUCUCCAGCUGCAAAGAAGAGAAAACUAAGCAACCCAUCAGUCUCAUAAUUCAAAAAAAAAAAGGGUUUAUGUGCUUAAUGAGGGUUUUCUUUUUCGGUGUGGUCUCCAAAUUGCCCAAAAACCUUGGAUGGGUGAGACUUGAUGAAUAGAACCAAAAAAUUGAAAAAAGAAAUAAUGCCUUUGGGAGGAUUCCUUAUAUCAUGCUUUUAAGAUGAUAGAAGUAGCCAGCAUGAGUUGGAAGCAUGAUACAGAAAAGCGACUGUGAGGCGAAAAUUUUGGGGAGAGAUGUGUUAGUUUAAUUUUGUAUUCUUUUUUUUUCUUCUUUGCUGCCCUUUUGAAGUUUUAUGAGGUGGUUUCUUUUUCUCUCUUUUUUUUUGGGAUCUAAGGCUGGCUAAAUAAAAGGAUUGGAAACAGACAAAAAAA